GGGGCGCCAGGGACUCCCGGGUCCCCUGCCCCGCGCCGUCUCGCCCUCCUCCCUCUUUCUUCGGGCAGCGCCCCCCCCCCACUUCAGCCUCCCCCACUCUUGCCGCCUCCAUAUCCUCAAGCUCCGGUGGCACUGGGGGGGCUUCUCGGAUCGGCAGGAUGUACCCCCAGGGAAGGCACCCGACCCCGCUCCAGUCCGGCCAGCCCUUCAAGUUCUCGAUCUUGGAGAUCUGCGACCGCAUCAAAGAAGAAUUCCAGUUUCUCCAGGCUCAGUACCACAGCCUCAAGCUAGAAUGUGAGAAGCUGGCCAGCGAGAAGACGGAAAUGCAGAGACAUUAUGUGAUGUAUUAUGAGAUGUCUUAUGGACUCAACAUUGAAAUGCAUAAGCAGGCGGAGAUUGUGAAGCGCCUGAGUGGCAUCUGCGCUCAGAUUAUCCCCUUCCUGACCCAGGAGCGGGGGGAGGGGCUGUGUAAACUGGACAGCUGGACUCUGGCGCCGUGGACGCCAGUGCCUCAUUCUUUCUUCCUCUCUCUCUCUUUCAUUCCCAAUCUGCCAGCGGAGAGAGGCCCGAGCAGGAGUGUGUCUCCCUCGCCCCCCGAGAGUCUGGUGGAGGAGGAGCGACCCAGUGGCCCCGGUGGUGGUGGGAAGCAGAGAGCCGAUGAGAAGGAGCUGUCAGGACCUUAUGAAAGCAAUGAAGACAACAGUGACUACAGCCUGGUGGUGGACGAGGACCAACCCUCGGAGCCCCCCAGCCCGGCUACCACCCCCUGCGGAAAGGCACCCAUCUGCAUUCCUGCCCAUCGGGAUCUGGUGGAUAGUCCAGCCUCCUUGGCCUCAAGCCUCGGCUCACCGCUCCCCAGAGCCAAGGAGCUCAUCCUGAAUGACCUUCCCGCCAGCACUCCUGCCUCCAAGUCCUGUGACUCCUCCCCACCCCAGGAAGCAUCCACCCCCGGGCCCAGCUCAGCCAGUCACCUCUGCCAGCUCGCUGCCAAGCCAGCGCCUUCCACGGACAGCAUCGCCCUGAGGAGCCCCCUGACUCUGUCCAGUCCCUUCACCACGUCGUUCAGCCUAGGCUCCCACAGCACCCUCAACGGAGACCUCUCCGUGCCCAGCUCCUACGUCAGCCUCCACCUGUCCCCGCAGGUCAGCAGCUCUGUGGUAUAUGGACGCUCCCCCAUGAUGGCAUUUGAGUCUCACCCGCAUCUCCGAGGGUCAUCCGUCUCUUCCUCGCUACCCAGCAUCCCCGGAGGAAAGCCGGCCUACUCCUUCCACGUGUCUGCAGACGGGCAGAUGCAGCCGGUGCCUUUCCCCUCCGACGCACUGGUGGGCGCGGGCAUCCCACGGCACGCCCGACAGCUGCACACGCUGGCACACGGCGAGGUGGUCUGUGCGGUCACCAUCAGCGGCUCCACGCAGCACGUGUACACGGGUGGCAAGGGCUGUGUGAAGGUGUGGGACGUGGGCCAGCCUGGGGCCAAGACACCUGUGGCCCAGCUCGACUGCCUGAACCGAGACAACUACAUUCGCUCCUGCAAGUUGCUGCCAGAUGGCCGGAGUCUAAUCGUGGGCGGUGAGGCCAGCACCUUGUCCAUUUGGGACCUGGCAGCGCCCACCCCCCGUAUCAAGGCUGAGCUGACCUCCUCGGCCCCAGCCUGCUACGCCCUGGCCGUCAGCCCCGACGCCAAGGUUUGCUUCUCCUGCUGCAGCGAUGGCAACAUUGUGGUCUGGGACCUGCAGAACCAGACGAUGGUCAGGCAGUUCCAGGGCCACACAGACGGCGCCAGCUGUAUUGACAUUUCUGAUUAUGGUACUCGGCUCUGGACAGGGGGCCUGGACAACACGGUGCGCUGCUGGGACCUGCGGGAGGGCCGCCAGCUGCAGCAGCACGACUUCAGCUCCCAGAUUUUCUCCCUGGGCCACUGCCCUAACCAGGACUGGCUGGCGGUCGGAAUGGAGAGUAGCAACGUGGAGAUCCUGCAUGUCCGUAAGCCGGAGAAGUACCAGCUGCACCUCCACGAGAGCUGCGUCCUGUCCCUCAAGUUCGCCUCCUGCGGACGGUGGUUUGUGAGCACAGGGAAGGACAACCUGCUCAAUGCCUGGAGGACGCCGUACGGGGCCAGCAUUUUCCAGUCUAAGGAAUCAUCCUCCGUCCUGAGCUGUGACAUCUCCAGGAAUAACAAAUACAUCGUGACAGGCUCGGGGGACAAGAAGGCCACCGUAUACGAGGUGGUCUACUGAGACCCCCCCAUGUUCCUGCAACCCCAAGUCCAGACUCCUAGGGGAGCAGCUCCAGGUCAGGCACCCAGGAGGCGUCUCCCCGCCCUGCCUGUGAGCCCUUAGUAUCAUCUGCUUUCUGGCCAGUGGGUUUACCCCUGCUGCAUGUGGGGGCCGCUGGGCAGGGGACCUUGCAGGAAAUAAAUGUAUUUAUCACAUCCGCA